AUGAUUAUCGACGUGCAGUUCGCCGUCUUCGUCAACAUGCUGGGCGUGUCGCCCUUCCUGCUUGUCAUUCUCUAUCACUACGUGGCCGUCAACAACCCCAAGAAGUAG